AUGAGUUGCUCCCAACAUCCAUGCAACUGUCAGAAGUUGCGUUUUUUGGUGCGUCUCAGUGAUGCUUUGUCGCAAGCUGCAGUGGAUUGCACGCAAGACUGGUUUUUUCUAGAUUUGCCGAUUUUUGCUUCUGCUCCUACAGAAACUGUAGGUGACCUGCUUUUGUUUGCCGCUGAAUUGGUUGGAAACAACCGACUGCGAGCGGGCUACUUGGCUCUCAGCGGAGGCCUUCCCAAUUCGCGAUUGUGGCAAUGUAAGACACCCUUACUUGUUGUUUGGAAUCACUUGCACAUCGCCUCGCUGAAGCUCACUGGGGAGGUUACUGCUUUCACCUCUCUGAACUCUGCCGACCACACAUCGCAGCUAGGCAUGAAUGAAGAUGCAAUGAAAGAAGAAGGUGAAUACUUUGCCAUGGCGUCCAUAUCCAGUCUGCCAGAGUGGGUGAUAUCUGACGAACUCAAAGAACUUCGAGAGAAUCGUGCAACUGGUCCUUGCCGUUUGCCUCAUGAAGAGCUAAAGGCCAUCCAGUCUGAAGAGCAGCACAAUGCUCUGCAGCUUCUGCAGCAAGCACUCCGAGCACUGAUGGUGCGCAAAGUCGCCUAG